UAGGUCUUUGAUAAACCCAUUGUACUAUCUUAAAUCGUGGAUAGAACUCUGAUUAUAGUGUUAAUAUUGUUGGAGAAUUAGGAUUUUGGAAAUUUGGAAUUGGGAUUUGGGAAAUUGAACUAUUGAAGACUUGAAAGUUUAAGUGCUUCUGUCGAUCCUGAUUCUAAUUUUGUUUUUUUGUUGUUAGUAAGAACGUUAGCAUAUUAUUGUAUUAUGAUUAAGUACAAUAUUACAUUAUAAUGGUUUAAAUUAAGUAGUAUGUAUUAAAUAUUAAGAGGUUAUACACAGAAUAUAGAAUUACUAUACUCAGAUACUAUUACGAAGAUUAUUAUUAUGUCACGAAUAAGCACAAGUUUCAAAGAUGUAACUAAAAAGACUUCCUACUUUAUUACAACACCAAUAUUUUACGUAAAUGCAAGUCCACACAUUGGGCAUCUUUACAGUGCUUUAAUUGCUGAUGCUUCUGCAAGAUUUCAAAAAUUACUUAACCCAAGUUUAAAUAUUAUUUUCAGUACUGGCACUGAUGAACACGGAUUGAAGGUACAAAAAGCAGCAGAGAAUUGUAAAAUAUCUGUUGAAAACUAUUGUACAAAAAUUUCAAGUAGCUAUCAAACUACAUUUGAUAAAUUUGAUAUUGGUCAUACAUCUUUCAUACGAACAACAACCGAAAACCACAAAAAAUGUGUACAUUAUUUUUGGAAUAAAUUACAACCACAUAUAAGAAAAGGAAAGUAUUCCGGAUGGUAUUGUACAGCUGAUGAAACUUUUUUAUCAGAAGAUCAAAUAGAAUUAGUUAAUAAUGUACGUGUUAGUAAAGAAUCAGGAAGACCAGUUGAGUGGGCAGAAGAAGACAACUAUAAAUUUGACUUACGUCCUUUUAAACAUGAUCUUCAAAAUUGGUUGAGUAAACCAGAUAGAAUUAAACCAAAAGUAUUCCAUGAAAUCCUGAAUAGAGAGGUAAAUGAUUUAUACGAUAUAUCAUUGUCAAGACCAAAAAAUCGUGUCAGUUGGGGUAUUCCAGUACCGAAAGAUGAUACACAGACUGUAUAUGUAUGGCUAGAUGCUCUUGUUAAUUAUUUAACUGUUUCUGGUUAUCCAGACAGCAAAAUGUGGCCUCCUAAUGUCCAAAUAUGUGGCAAAGAUAUUUUGAAAUUCCAUGGAAUAUUAUGGCCUAUAUUCUUAAUAGCUGCUGGUUUAAAACUGCCAAAACAAAUUUUUGUGCAUUCUCAUUGGAAAGUUAAUGAUGAAAAGAUGUCAAAAACCAAAGGAAAUGUAGUAGAUCCAAUAACUGCUGGUUGCCAGUAUACUGAAUCUGGUUUAAGAUAUUUUUUGCUUAGAGAAGGUACAGCUCACAGUGAUGGUAACUACAGUGAUCUGAAAAUUAGAAGAAUCUUAAAUGCUGAAUUAGCAGACACAUUGGGUAACCUAUUGAACCGUUGCUGUGGAAAAGCCAUUAACCCAAAUCUCAGUUACCCAAAAUUAGAUUUAUUACAGAUUGAAAGGCUACGGGCUGAUUCAUAUUUCAUUGAAUUACAAAACAAACUAGAGAGUCUUGCAGACAUAGUUGGAAGUCAUUAUGAAGAAUUAAAUUUUUACAAAGGUAUAGAUGAAAUAAUAGCCACUUUACAAAGUUGCAAUCGAUUUUUUGAGUAUAACAAACCGUGGGAAUUAGCUAAACAAGAUGUUGGUAAAUUGGAAUGUGUACUUCACAUAACUAUGGAGACUUUGAGAAUUUCUGGGUUAGCUUUACAGCCAGUUGUUCCUGUACUAGCUGAUCAGUUAUUAAAGAAGUUAAACAUAAGUAAUAGAGAUUGGAAUCAAAUGACACCAACGUGGAAAGAUGAAAACAGAAUUGUUAAUCCAAUAAACUUAAAAAAAGAUAAUAUUGUGUUGUUUAAAAAGUUGUUGAUAAACUGAUUAGUUUUCAUUAUUCUAUUAGUUUAAUGAUUCAUAAAUAAAAUAUGAAAUUGUAUGUUUAUAAAUAA